AUGGCUGACAAGUCAAAAACUAGUUCAAAGCUUCUCGUAAAAACUCCACUAUCUAACUUAAACCCCAAUGUUCUAGAGGAGCUUGGAAUGUUCCUAAAUCCAAGAUUAAUUUCAAAAGAUGUAAGAACACUAAGUGGAAAGCUUGGUUAUUCGUUGCGACGAGUGCAAAACUUCGAGAGAGAGCGGAAUCCCACAGCGUGCAUGCUCGAGGAUUGGUCGACGUGUUACGAAGAAGGCCAAGAAAAGACUGUUUCUGAGCUUUUAGUCAAGCUUGAGGAAAUGAAGAGACAUGACGCUGUUGAUUUUUUGAAACCUUACGAGUUUUCAGAAGUACAACAGGAAUCGUCAUUACAACCUGAGGAAAAUGAUUUACCAAUUCAUGAGGACUCUUUAGUGAAUACCCUUCUUGAAGCUCCAAGAUUUACAGAAAUUCCAGUUGUUACAGAUAAAGUGGCACUGGUGAUUGGUAAUAUGAAAUAUAGUCAUGAGAAACUGAAUCAGCUGAUGUACCCAGAACAUGAUGCAAGAGAUGUGGCUGCAGCAUUGCAUGAGCUAGAAUUCAAGGUUUUUUCCCUGGUCAAUUUGACACUGAGUGAGAUGAGAAUUACAGUUCAUUCAUUCUGCAGGCUUCUGGGAAAGGGAGUAUAUGCUGUUCUGUACUAUGCAGGGCAUGGAUAUGAAGAUCACGGAAAGAACUACCUCAUUCCAGUAGAUGCAGACUUGUCAUUCAAGAGAGAGGACAGCUUCUGUGCUCAGGAAAUCUUGCAAACCAUGCAGGAAUGCAAUACGUCACUAAAUCUACUCAUUAUAGAUGCAUGUAGAGUAAGGCCUCCAACCAAAGAUCAGAUUCCAACAUUCAUUAAACGAGGAACAAAUGGCAAUAAUAUCUUUGCAUAUUCAUGCUGCUCACAACAAGUAGCCUUUGAAGAGCAUGACCAGAGGAACGGUCUCUACGCUCAGCAUCUAUUGAAACAUAUUAGAAGGAAUGUCAGGAUUGAGAACAUCUUGAUGGAUGUUGCUGCAGAUGUUGCCCUUACCAUCAGUUAUUGCACUGACAACAGCAUUCACCAAAGACCAUGCCAUGAAAGUGAUGCUUACAUCGAUUGCAGACUUACUGAUCCAAUUAUCCCAGGAGUCUUACAGGAUGUAGAUUAUCAUGAGAGGAUGCAACUAUGGCAAAAGGCUCACACCCUGCCAGAUCCUUUUGUGAUCCUGGAAAAUGAGGACCUACAUCUAAAGGUUCAAUUUAUUGCGAAGUUCUCCAAUGUAAUGGAGGUAUUGCUGACAUUAUGUAACAAAACAUCUCUUCCAAUGAAAGACUGUGUGGUGGAACUCAUUGUGGAUUCACCAGUUUGUUCAGAUAUCACCAUGAUAUCAGGAGAUGAAGUCAAGCCUGGUGAACAGCUCAAACAAGUUGUUCAAAUAUCUGCUUUGCAAAAGCUAAACGACUAUCUAGCCGUUGACCUCCAAAUCUUUUAUGAUUUCAAUGGAGAGUUAGUCAGUUGGACUUCAUCUAAGGUUGACCUGAGAACUCCUCUAAUUUCCUCUGUCUUCGCGGAAUGGGACUGGUGGGUUACCUGUGGUAGAGCUCCACCCACCAAAACACAAAAGCCAAAAGCUAAGAAAUAAGGUCUGGUUGGGUUUUUGAACAGUCCAGGAGCAGGAUAAGCCAUGGCAAUCACUAGAUUAAGGAUGGCUUGUAGUUCCUUAGUCUUAACUGAAAGACGGUUGGUAACAUUAAGUUAGUUUACCGUUUUUUAAGAAAGAGCCCAUUGAGCUUCGUAAAGAGCCCAUUGACCGCGACCAAUUAUGGGACGACGUAUCUGGUUGUAUCUAUCUGUUGGCGGUUAUUUCCAUGACAACAUCGCUAUAGAAACAUCAUUCCUUCAAAGACUGACAGCGUAUGGGGCAUGGUGUGUUAUUAGUCUCUGGUGGGUUGAUUCCAUGGCAACAUCACUAUGGAAACAAUCCCAAACCAUACUCCUUGAAGGAGCUACGCAUAAUGAUGAGGAAAAAGGCAUGACCAGCGUUACCUUAAAAUGUUUCUAUGGCAGCAUCACCAUGGAAACAUUUGCCUUGGUAUUGAUUCCUUGGACGGUAUCCUUGGACGGCUCCCAUGACAGCAUCACUAUGAAAACACUCUUGCCUGCGUAUCGUUUCCUUGGACUGUUUC